AGGCCGGCAAGCAACUUCAACUUCGUCGUGCAACGGCGGCAUUGCACGCAAACUGUUUGAUCGAUAACGCCGCUGCCAGCACACAGUGCACACUGCCGCCGUCGCCAGCAACCAGACAAUAGAGCCAAGGCGCACACGAUGAUUCAACUAAAGUCACUCGUCAAUUGCAUCGACAACUCGGGCGCCGCAAUCGUCGAGUGCGUCAACGUCCUGCGCUCGAAGCGCCCUGCCAAAGUCGGCGACCGCAUCGUCGUGGUGGUGAAGAAGCAGCGCAACUUUGGCCCCGAGACGGGCAACAGCGUGUCCAUCAGCGCAGCAAACAAGGUCCGGCGAGGCGAUGUGCGGCACGCAGUCGUUGUGCGCACUGCCAAGAAGUGGCAGCGGCCAGACGGCAGCGUCGUCAAGUUCGACGAUAAUGCUUGCGUCCUCAUCAACAAGGCUGGCGAGCCCAUCGGAUCUAGAGUUAGCGGCGUCGUCGCUGCAGAACUGAGGCAGAAGCAAUGGUCCAAGAUCUUGUCCCUCGCCCCAAUGCACGUCUAAGCCAGACGAGCCAUCACAGCAAAAUUCAAAAAGCAGCACCUUGCUCACUUCCCAUGACUGUAUCUUUACACUUUCUCAGAAAGCCCAGGAAUAAAUGUAAUAUUAUCCUCUUCACGUCACUACGCCAUACUCGCAGGCUAUCUAAAGGCCCUCUUUUGUUUUUU